AUGGAAGCGGAUGGCGUUUUCGGAGUUUUGGUAUCAGAAGCACCUGGUAAACGUUGUAUCAAGCGCGUCUUGUUUGACUUCAACAUGAUUGAGCAGAUUGAAUGGAAAAAACUACUAAAGGCCGAGGACAUAAUUGCGGCACUCGUGGAAAAAUGUUACGAGCACAAAGAAAUCUCGUCUAAAUUAUCUCAAGAUUUCUCUGUCUACAAAGCAUGUACAGAUUUGCUGAAAGCUUUUGAGAACCAUCAGAAUGCGAGAAAUGUCCAAAACCUCGAAAAAAAUACUUUGCCACCUGAUUUGAAACAGAUGAUUGAGCUCAACAAUGAGGAACGUGAGAGCCGAUACCAAACCAGAAAAAACGUUACCGAUAAUCCCACAACCGAAUUCAACGACAAUAUACUCUUAUCUAAACAACACAAGAAAAACCUUCUAACACUGGGGGAUGGAACCAUCGCAGAAAUCUUCGGAGUUUCGUAA